AUGUCUUUCAACAAUACCUUCUUCAAAACAGGAACUCAUCACAUUCUUUGUAAUAUACCGAACCUCGAUGCUACUGAGUUUCCAUAUCCUCGGGAUUUUCAGGAUAGUUGGGACACAGAUCAUGUCCGGUUACCAUGUUCUUCGUAUUCAGUAAGCCGUUGGAGCCAGAUUGUUCAGAGCAUGACUACGCCUAUCCAUAACUCAAAGGAACUAACAAGGCUAAUGGACCAAAUGAAAGAGGAUAAAGAUCUUGAAGGCUGGAACACUUUUGCUCUUGAGGCCUUCUUGGAUCAGAAAGCGGAUCGACCUACUGUUAUAAAGGCUAGUGAGUCAUCAGUUACUCAACAGCUUAACAAAGAUAGGAGCCCCAGGCGUGACCUAAUUUUCCUGUCCAUGGAUAUAGAUGAGAAGGGCAAAAGUGGCAACGUCGCCAAUAAGAAUGCUAUGUCAGGACGAGCGCAUGAUUCAGAUGAUGACAUAAUUAUGAAUGAAAAUAACUUUGAGGAAGAAGAUAGUGUGUUUGAUGAGGUUCAGGAUGAUGGCUAUGAUAAUAACCAUGACAAUAGCGCAAUCGAGAUUGAGGAAGCAGAUUUCCUAUCUAAGAAUGAACGCGAGCGAUUUUUCAAGGUUAUAUUACCAAAAAUGCAGGAGCUUGUUCUACGAUUACCAGAGCUUAUCAAGAAACCCAUCCCAUUAUUGAAGCAGCAAGAGGAUUUGGCUAUCACUCUUAGCCAAGAGCAGAUUGCUUGCUUGCUAGCUAAUGCGUUCUUCAACACAUUUCCGUCACGGGUUAUCCCGAAUCGGCGAUCAUACACGCACCGCGAGCGCGAGCAGGUAGAUAGACAAGGAGACAAAAACAGGGGAAUGGAAUCGAUGAACAGACAGCCGUUUUCGGAGCAUCAUGAAUCAUGGAUGCGUGCUGGGAACGGACCAUCAAAGCGUUAUAAGAAUACAGAAGGAAGAACUCUAAACGGGAGACCGUGUGAUCCAUAUGGAUCUAAGUCGAAUUUGGCGUCAAAACAAAGUGGGCCAAAAGUGAAUCCACUCAAAAACUCAAAAGGACAAAUGUCCUUGUUUGCAUAUUUCGGAAGAGUGGAUCCUCAAGCAUCAGCAACAGAGCUGAAACCAGCAUCUCCACGAGAAUCCACAAUCUCGUCGAUUAGCCCCGAGAACGUAGAUAAAACCCUGAAUGAAACCAACAAGCACUAUGAACAUUUGAGCGAUAAAAAAGAAUCGUUACCCCGAUACCCAUCCAUCAACUUUUGGAGCCUUUUCAACUCCAAUGAGAUAGGACGUGCCUGCACGCCUAUGAAUGCUGCCAAACUGCGAUGUAUUAUCCACUACUUUGAUCGCGUUACAACAGAAAUGCCCCAAGGAACAGUAACAUUCCAUCGGCAAGUUCUGGAGUCACCAAUCACUCUGAAUGAAGCAGAACGUGUCAGCAGUGAGGCAUUCUCCUAUGUCCAAGUUCAUGUUGAUGUCGAUAACCCACUGGAGGAUGAGGCACCAAGCGGUGCGCUUCAGUUGGAUUUUGCUAACAAGGUCAUUGGAGGCGGUGUUUUGGGAUAUGGCGCAGUUCAAGAAGAAAUUAGAUUCUUGAUUUGCCCCGAGCUAAUCACCUCGCGACUCUUCACAUUGCAAUUACAAGAUAACGAGGCAGUAUUGAUCAAAGGUGCAGAGCGUUACUCAAACUAUAAUGGAUACGCCAGCACAUUCACUUGGCAUUCUGAUUUUGUCGAUACAACCCCUAGGGAUCGAUUGGGUCGUCGAAAGACUGAGAUUUGCGCCAUUGAUGCGCUUCCCUUCAAAUCAAAAGAAUUGAGGCUGCGCCAAUUCUCAAGACGCAAUAUCUUGCGAGAGGUCAACAAGGCCAUAGUAGGAUUCCGAAGAUCAGCCAUUACAGCCUCUGAAUGGGGUCUUUGCCGUGCAGAAAGUCCUAUGGCUAAGAAUCCGCCGAUCGCCACUGGCAACUGGGGCUGUGGGGCAUUUGGUGGCCACUUACAGCUCAAGUUUCUGAUUCAAUUGAUUGCGGCAUCUGUGUGCGGAGGGUAUUCGAGGGAUGAUGAAGACUUGCCGAUGGGGAGGGACAUUGUAUACUACACGUAUGGCCUCGACGAUCUCGCCAAAGAAAUCAAAACUUUUAUGUCAAAGCUUCUCUCCAAUCCUCAAGCAAUCGAGCCAUCGGUGAUCUUGGAUGUUAUCCUACAAUAUCCAAUAAGAUCCAGUCGCGGAUAUAUUGUUGGGCUACGCGACCAGAGUUUGCUAGAUUAUGUGAGCGUUGCACUCGGAUUUUCGUCAGAAUCAUCCUAUUGUGCCUUUGAAUCAUCCAUGCCAACAAUGUCCUCAAUCUCGUCAUUUGAGUUUUCCUAA